UUUUAGCAAGGUUUUUUUUUUCCCAGUUUACAGCUGGAACUAUAUACAAACAUCUACAUACUGAAGAGCGACUGCUGAGCUGAAGGAUUGUUGUUUUCAAAGAAGAGCAAAAGGAUCAAUUUGAAGGAUCUCAUGACAAGUUACAGCAACGGAGGAUUCUUCAACCCUGCCUACCAUGACAGCGAGACUCUGGAAAUUGAUAGAAGCAAAACCCACCACACUAACCCCUAUGCCAGGGAGGACGCACAUUACUCGUUGACAGGUCAGACCAGGAGCGAUGAUGCUUCAGGGAGAGUACCAUGGGGGGGCUGGCAGGAGGAGAGCUGGAGGGGGAGAGAGAGCAUCCCCAUGGGCCUCAUCUCAACGCGCCCCGGGAGUCCUUCAUGGCAGCAUGACCUCAAUCACAGUACGUUCCAAAUCCCCCCUGCCUCUCAGUUUGAUCGACCGCCUUCUGUUCUUCCUUCUACAAUGUCAGGUAACAUGACAAUGAGAUGGAGGGGAAUUGCAAUGAGGAGGAUGAGCAUGUUUCCUAACACAGAUCCUACCCAUCUAGCUUUCACAGAGAAUGCCAUCAGGGACGAGAUGGAGGAUGAGGAACAGAACCUGGUCAAGGAACUUGUUGCCCUGUCAACACGAGACCGAAUUCGGGCCAUUCGAGACCUUGCAAUGAGCUUUGAAGAGAAGAAACACAUCAGGAGCCAAGUACUGGCAUUCAAGUCUGCUAAGCAAUCUCGCCAGUUCACAUGUUUUGCAGACUGCUCUGAGAAUGUGUCAUUGUCCUUACGCAGGUGCGGCUACAGCAUAAGGUCAGCCAGGCAGACCCUGGAGGUGUGGCAAGGCAUCAUGAAAGAGAUAGGAGGCAAGUUUGGCACCAGCGUCCUUUCCUAUUUCCUGUUCCUCAAGUGGCUGCUCAUGUUCAACAUUUUCUCCUUCCUGAUCAACUUUGGCUUCAUCACCAUCCCGCUGCUUGUUUACGACCCCUCACCCAACAUACCUCCGAAUGUGAGCUUCAGAGGACUGGAGAUACUGACUGGGGCUGGUUACUUCAACUACACUGUCAUGUACUAUGGUGGCUACAGCAAUGAAACCCUGAUGGGUCUGGUGGACUACAACAUGCAGUUGGCCUAUUUCUUCACCAUUGCUGUCUACAUGGUGCUGUGUGGAAUUGCACUUAUCUUCAGCAUGGCCAGCUCAUUCAAGGAAAACUAUGUACUAGCAGACGCAGUUUCAAACAGUGCAUGGCAGCUUCUGUGCAGCUGGGAUUUUAGCAUUACCAAUGAGAGAGCAGUGAGACAGCGUAAGAACAACCUACGUGUCCAACUCAAGGAGUCUUUGUCAGAGAGGGCCCAGAGGGAGCUGCUAACCCUCUCUGAAAAGCUGAAGCACUUUGGGGUUCAUCUGGGUUCCUGGCUCCUCUCCACCGGUUUGGCUGUUGGCUGUGGAGCUAGCAUCUAUUAUCUCUGCCAAUAUGAACAGCAGCAAACAACAGAUGCUGCCAACUGGUCUCUGCUUCGAGAGGCAGAGACUCUCCUGGUCCCCUUUGUGGUGUCUCUGAUGAACCUGGUUGUGCCGCUCUUCUACUCCCUCUUCAACAAGUUUGAGCACUACUCCAGCCUGCGCGGACAGAUCUACGCUCUGGUAGUCAGAAAUGUGUUACUCAAGAUGUCCAUUCUGGCUGUCUUGUGUUACUACUGGAUGAAUGUGGUGGCUGAGAAGUUUUCGUGUUGGGAGUCCAUGGUGGGACAGGCUUUGUACCGUCUGGUCAUUGUUGAUUUCCUUUUUCUAAUGUUGGGAUCCUUCUUUGGAGAGUUUCUUAGCAAUGUGAUUGGGACCAGAUUGUUACCACGUCUGGGGGUCCCAGAGUUUGACGUAGCUAGAAAUGUUCUUGAACUGAUCUACGCACAGACGCUGGCCUGGAUUGGAAUCUACUUCUCUCCUCUGCUGCCUGCCAUCCAGAUCCUCAAAUUUUUCAUCUUGUUUUACUUAAAGAAGGUCAGCCUGACCCAGAACUGCCAGCCCCCACGGCGGACAGGCAGAGCAGCUCAGAUGCAAACCAUCUUCAUCGCCCUCCUCUUCUUCCCUUUCUUUGUGGGAGCCCUGUCCAUUGUUGCAUACACUGCCUGGAGGCUAACUCCCUCAGAGCAGUGUGGUCCUUUUCGGGGACUCAACAGUACCUUCAGUGUGGUGGGAGUCUGGAUAGAUGACCUGCAGGAGAUCCCUGCUUCUCAGUGGGUUGUAUGGAUCUACCAAAAUGUCAUCAGAAGUGAAAUCUUCUACUUUCUUAUCACACUCAUCAUCAUAAUCAUUAUAUACAUCUUCUGGCAAGUCACUCAGGGCCGCAAGCAGCUUAUUGGUCAACUGAGACAACAGAUUGUUAACGAGGGGAAAGACAAGUCCUUCUUGUUGGACAAGCUCCAGAACCUCCAGAAAUCUAACCCAAAAUACAAACAGAAGAAUCAAAAAAAGCACACCAACCGGCGUUUAGAUGACCACUCUACGGGCGGUCAGUCCAACUCAAACGCCAUGGUUCAGGCCUUACUCGCUCGCCAGCGGCUCGAAGAGGAGGAGGAGAGAGGCAGAGCAGGUGGAGUGCCCGUUCCGUCCGACAUCUCCACCUCCAGCGCUCUGGUUCAGGCCAUGUUGGCCCGUCAGAGAGCUGACAACCAGGAUGAAGAUUUUGACCGGAUGCCUGUUAAACGCCCGUCAUCCUCCAGCGCACUCACACAGGCCAUGCAAGCCAGACAAAGAGCAGAGGGGGACGGAGCAGAUGAUAUAGAUGACCUGCCAUCUUCUGUGUCGAGUGUUAUGAUGCAAGUCAUGCAAGCCAGGCAGAGAGCUGAGGAAGAGGACAAGAUUCAACAGGUCCCCACACAAAACUCAGCGCCCGCAGGCUCCAGCGCUCUCAUACAGGCCAUGUUGGCCCGGCAGCAGGCCCAGAAUGAGUAUGAUGACGGUUACUGAACAAAGGGGUCUGACUUCAUCUUACCACGGAGCGAGGAACGGAAAAGAAUAAUAGAAUGGAUUUUUUUAAGAUAACUGAAAUCACACUUGUCAGUUUAUGAUUUGUGUUGCCACCCAUAGAUGGAUUAGUAUCAGUUAAAAGUACAGAUCUGGGGGUGCUUUUUUUCUCAAUUGCAAUACAUUCAGUCCUGCUGUACACGCAAAAGAAUAGAGUACUGAAAUAGGUACUGCAGCAGGGCGGGGAGAGAGUGCAGGUCCACCUCUUCAUGCACCUUUUUAAGGAAUAUAUUUAUGUUUUUAUGAUAGUAUAUAUGAUAAAUAAGUAUAUGAUGGCCUGAUCUUGUGCCAUUUAUAAUUUAAUUUGCAUCAUAAACACCAGUUGUACUGUAUAUAUAUAUUCUCUGUGAAAUGUAGAUGAACUCCA